CCCCCACCACACCCAUGUGGGCUCCAUGGCUGCAACGGGUGCCGCCACCUCCUCCUGCCCCAUCCCGGGGAGCCACCAUCUCCCCAUCCCAGAGGGCUACAGCUGCACGCCGGGUGGCACAGUCUACUCCACCACACCGGGGGGUACCCGCAUCAUCUACGACCGCAAGUUCCUGCUGGAGUGCAAGAAUUCGCCCGUGGCCAGGACCCCUCCCUGCUGCCUGCCCCAGAUCCCCGGUGUCACAUCCCUGGCCCAGUCCAGCCUCGUCAAGCUGGAGGAGCUCAAGGAGCGGAAUGAGAGUGAAGAAGCCAUGCCAGAUCAAGACCAGUUUGAGAUGGACAUCUGAGUUUCCAGCUCCCCGUCUCCAGGCCAUGGCUGGGCCUGUUCCUGGGCCUCGUGGAGGUGCUGGCACCG